GGUGUUUCUGAUGCGGAACAACAAGUCUGAACAAACUCUGCUGCUUCACUUCCGAAUGUUUGAAACACCUCCACCAGCCCAGCGCCUCCUCCUGCUCCUGCUGCUGCUCCGCGCUCGUGAGGAGAGACACCGACCCGCCGCUCCACCGGACCGAUGACGGACAACGAGCGCGCGGCCCGAACCCUCAAACACGUCCUGCAGAAGCCGGGGAACGGCAACUGCGCGGACUGCGGCGCGGACAAUCCAGAAUGGGGCUCUUGUUCUUUGGGAGUCUUCAUCUGCCUGGCCUGCUCCGGAGUACAUCGCAAUAUUCCCAGCAUCGGAAAAGUCAAAUCCCUCCGACUCUCACGCUGGGAGGAUUCAGAAGUUCAGUUCCUGUCUGAGCAUGGGAAUGACACCAUGAAGGCCGUUUAUGAGGCUGCUGUUCCUGUUUACUACUACAAGCCCACGCACAAGGACUGCCAGGUUCUGAAGGAGCAGUGGAUCCGGGCGAAGUACGAGAGGCAGGAGUUCAUCGAGGACGGAAAGAAGCCGAUCUAUGAGGACGAGGCGAAAGAUGGCAUGCUGAUGAAGAGGGGGCGGGACAACGGACAGUUCCUCAACAGGCGAUUCGUCCUGUCCUUGAGGGACGGCACACUAAAGUACUACACUAAACUAGACGCUAAAGAACCCAAGGCCGUUAUGAAGGUGGACACACUGAACGCCUGCUUCCAGCCGGACAAGAUCGGAAACCCCAACGGUCUGCAGAUCACCUACGUGAAAGACAACAUCACACGAAACAUCUUCGUCUAUCACGACAGCAGCAAGGAGAUCGUGGACUGGUUUAACUCCAUCCGAGCAGCUCAGCUGCACUAUCUGAAGGUGGCUUUCCCUGGAGCGACGGAUGCUGAGCUGAAGCCCAAACUGACGCGCAACUUUCUGAUAGAGGGAUACAUGGAGAAAACAGGCCCACGGCAAACAGAAGGCUUUAAGAAGCGUUGGUUCACGCUGGACCACCGACGGCUCAUGUACUUCAAAGAUCCUCUGGACGCGUUUGCUAAAGGCGAGGUGUUUCUGGGACACAGGGAUCACGGGUACCGCGUUACGAUCGGACUGCCCGCGGGAACCCACUAUAACGGGUCGUGGCAGUACGGCAUCACCAUAGAAACCCCGGAGCGCAGCUUCCUGUUCACCUGUGAAACGGAUACGGAGCAAAAGGAUUGGAUGAGCCAUUUCAAUGCAGUCCUCAACACUCCCAUGAGCCCGCAGGAGUACACAGUGGAGGCGUACUUCAAACACAAACACUGAUGGACCAGCGAACGCUGACCUCUGACCUCCGCAGCGGAUCUCACAGCACGGCUUCUGAAAUGUGUUUUAUGUUAAUGUUGUUUGUAUACUGUACUAUGAUUCUGUAUCAUUAGAUUAUACAACCUUCCAUACGUUCAGACUGUUUUGUCUACUAUAACUUUAUAUUUGCAUGUUCAUCUAAACUGAAAUUUUGUUUUGCACCAAAUUUGUCUUUUAUGGCCUAAAGGCUCCAUCUAGUGGUGAGAUUGAGUUAUUAUUCAUCAUCUGACCAUUCACAUGGACAUUUGUUAAAGUGAAUUUCAACUCCUUUUUUUAAUUGUAAAAGGUUCUGAACAUCUUUUUCUUUACAUAUUAAAAGGAUGGUUCAGAGAAAAAUUAUCGUUCUGUCAUCAUUUUCUCUCCCUUGUGUCAUUCCAAACCGUUUCUUUUCUCUAUGGGACAUGUUUAGCAGAAUGUUCACGCUGCACUUUUACAUUCAAUAAUAACGGUGUGUAGCGACCACAUCAAGCCUCAAAAAACAGCCAAACGCCUCAUAAGUGUCAUAAAUUAUCCAUCAGAAGUGCUGUGCAAAAGUGUUCACCCCCUUCUUUUUUUUCCCAUUUUGCCAUGUUGCAACCUUAUGAUAUCAAUAUACACUCAAUACCCCAUAAUAACUAAUCAAAAAACAGAUUUGUUACAACUUUAUCAAAAAGCAAAAAUAAAAAAGCAUAAGGUUGCAGCAUGACGAAAUGUGGAAAAAAAAGAACACUUUCGCAAUGCAAUUCCACGUUUUCUGUCGUAUGAUGCUUUAGAUUGAUAUUCAAUAUUCACUGUAAAUCUCUGCUGCAGCUCUCGAAUCUCAUUGGUUCAAGUGUGUCACAUGACCGUUCAAUCAGAUAUUUGAAUAUGCAUGCACACAAAUGAGUUUUAAGAGCUUUUUGGAGGAGCAGAGCGAGUAAAUGAUGACAGAAUAAUGUUAUGAUCCCUCAGGGUUUUUAUUGCAAAGUUUUAAUAAAAGUGCUGAUCUAAUAAUC